GUCAUGUUACACAUCAAACACACAGGAACCUGGAAACCCUUUUUUGGGAUUCCACUUAGAAAAAAUGGGUUCCCUGAAAAUUCAAUUGCUUGUUAUUUUCUUCAUCUGUGCAUCACUCACAUGCCUCUGUUUCAGCCUACCAAGGGAGUACUCAAUACUGGAUCAUGAUGGCCUGGACAGCGCUCUUUCAGAGGAACGAGUCAUCGAGCUCUUCCAACGAUGGAGGGAGAAGCAUAAAAGGGUGUACGAGCAUGAACAGGAGGCGGAGAAGAGGUUCGAUAUUUUCAGGAGGAAUUUGAACUACAUAAUAGAGAAGAAUGCAAGGAGAGAGUCGCCGUCCAAUGCUCACCGCCUGGGAUUAAACAGGUUUGCUGACAUGAGCAAUGAGGAGUUCAGGGAGGUUUACUUGUCAAAGGUGAAGAAGCCCUUCAACAAGAAGAGCAACACUCUUAUAAGUAGGAACAUGCAGCAAAAAUUGCGAUCUUGUGACGAUGUUCCUUCGUCCUUGGAUUGGAGGAACAAGGGGGUUGUGACCGGCGUUAAGGACCAGGGCUCUUGCGGAAGUUGUUGGUCAUUCUCCUCGACUGGUGCUAUGGAAGGAAUAAACGCCAUAGCCACUGGUGACCUAAUUAGCCUUUCGGAACAAGAACUUGUGGAUUGUGAUACGACCAAUUAUGGCUGUGAAGGAGGUUAUAUGGACUAUGCUUUUGAAUGGGUAAUAAGCAAUGGUGGGAUUGAUACAGAAUCUGAUUAUCCCUACACGGGUGUGGAUGGUACCUGCAACAUCACUAAGGAGGAAACCAAAGUUGUAACCAUUGACGGCUAUGAAGAUGUGGCAGAAUCAGACAGUGCUCUCUUGUGUGCUACUGUUCAGCAACCCAUUAGUGUGGGUAUGGAUGGUUCUGCACUGGACUUUCAGCUAUACACAAGUGGUAUCUACGAUGGUGACUGUUCAAGUGAUCCUGAUGACAUUGACCAUGCAGUCUUAAUAGUGGGCUAUGGUUCUGAAGAUGGUGAGGAUUAUUGGAUAGUGAAGAAUUCAUGGGGGACAGACUGGGGAAUGGAGGGAUACAUAUACAUAAGAAGGAACACCAAUUUAACAUAUGGAGUCUGCGCCAUUAAUGCCAUGGCUUCCUAUCCAACUAAAGAGUCUUCUUCACCUUCUCCUUAUCCAUCCCCAACUCCUCCACCACCACCCGUGACACCACCACCGCCACCACCACCGCCACCUCCUUCUCCUACACCAAGUGAAUGUGGAGACUUCUCCUAUUGUCCUAGUGAUGAGACGUGCUGCUGCAUAUUUGAAUUCUAUGGUUUUUGCCUGAUCUAUGGUUGCUGUCCAUAUGAGAAUGCCGUUUGCUGUUCCGGAACUGAGUUCUGCUGCCCAAGUGAUUAUCCCCUUUGUGAUAUCGAAGAAGGGCUCUGUCUCAAGAACUAUGGAGAUUACUUGGGUGUAGCUGCAAGUAGGCGGAAAAUGGCUAAACACAAGUUACCAUGGUCCAAACUAGAACUAAAAGAGGAGGAGUACCAACCUCUCCAGUGGAAGAGGAAUCGGUUUGCUGCAUUACGCUGAGAGAGUUAAUGGAUUUCUAUGAAGUUUGCAGGUCGUUACUCAUACUAUUUCAAUUUCUUCAAAAGGCUGCAGCAUUGUGUAAUUCUUCUUUACGGGUUUUUAUGGCUUUUGAACAUAUGCUGUAAGCAAAACCAGAUACUUCCUCUUGAUGAUGUGUCUGAAACAACAUUUUCAUUUAUUACAAUUAUGUCCACUUGAUUUUUCCAAGUUCAUAGCACAACAUUCAAAGCAGCAAAGACGUUCUGGUCCAGGCAUUGUAAUGUACCCAAAUGGUAAUCAAGUGAUCUGUUAUACAA